GCAAAGCGUAGCCUCCAUUUUAUUUCCAUUUAUUUCAUAAUUCUCGUCGAAAAAUACUUUCGUGUUCGCGUGGAAUAUACUCGAAAAACAUUUUAAAAAGUGCGAAGUUCCAAAGUGAAUCAAAAACUGUAUUUUUGAACUAAUAGACGAUUUGAACGACCGUGUGCUUACGUAAUAUUUUUUUCUAUAAUCAAGAUUGUGUAAGUGUUUUAAGGAAAAAGGCGCAGCAAGGCAUGCUACCUGUGGCGCGCUAGGGAAUGCUGAGCGGAGCGAUCCUGUGCUCUGCGCCGGUGUCACUGCGCGGCCUGGCACCAGGCCUGCCCGCGGCGCGGCCCGCGCUCCUCGCAGCCCUCGUCAUGCACGCGCUUCAUGAUCGCCAGGACGAGGCCAGCUUCAUAGAGAAUGGUCUGCUCUCAUAUGAGAACCCAAACUACCACUUGGACCCGUCCCGGCUGGAGUCAGCCAUCUACAGCGACCUCUACAUGCAUGACGAUAAGAACACGCCUGAUGAGUACGACAGCUACCUGGAUAAUAGGAGAGUCGAAGACGAGGCCGCUUCGCCGACAAAAACAAGUGACAAGAGCGGUCUAAUCACACCGCCCCAAAAUGGGGGCGAAGAAUCUCCCCCGCCGGAGAAGGAACGGGCCGACCGUGAGGACUCGGAGAAGAGUCACUCGGCCCCCGUGCCGCACUCGGCCGAGGGGCCCAACGAUGACUUGUACGCGAUACCUGUCAAGUUGAGGCCGAAGAAAGAGCCCCAACUGCCGCCAGGGUGGGAGAAACACGAAGGUACAAGUAGGAUAUACAACGACGGACCCUACUACUGGCACAUAAAGAGUGGAACGAUCCAGAGAGAGAUCCCCAAAAUGCCCCCAAUCGAAGCAAAGGAGUCUCGUAUUUCCAUGGUCCGGGACUGCUCGAACCUGUCCGAAGUGAGCAAGUAUGAGGGCAGUAUGAUGACCAGCUCCGUCACCAGGAGUACCACCAGUGGAGCCCUGGAUCAUGAUGGACAGGAGGCCGAGAGGAAACGGAAAGAGGAGAUGUCUUACAAACGCCGCAGCUUCCCGGCCCGUCAAGAACCAGACAACGGUCGUGCAGUGCGGUUCUUCGUCCGUUCUCUCGGCUGGGUCGAGAUCUCAGAGUCCGACCUGACUCCGGAGCGGUCCAGCAGGGCCGUCAACAAGUGUAUCGUGGAUCUCAGCUUGGGCCGCAAUGAUCUAUUGGAUCAAGUCGGCCGCUGGGGCGAUGGCAAAGAUCUUUUCAUGGACUUAGACGACGGGGCCCUCAAGCUGAUUGACCCAGAGAGCCUCAACACGCUUCACACACAGCCCAUACACACUAUACGCGUAUGGGGAGUCGGGCGGGACAACGGCCGUGAAAGGGAUUUCGCAUAUGUGGCCCGUGAUCGAGCUACUCGCAAGCACAUGUGCCAUGUGUUCCGUUGUGAGGCGCCGGCUAGGAGCAUCGCCAAUGCUCUGAGGGAUAUAUGCAAGCGUAUCAUGAUUGAACGUUCUCUGCAGCCCCCGCCUCGUCCCACGGAUUUGCCAGCUACUAGGCGUCCUAGACCGCUUUCUGUGGGUGCAGCAUUCCCAACCCCAAUGGAGGAGCCGCGCAAGACGGUCCGCGCGCUGUACCUGGGCAGCGCGGAGGUUCCGCGCGCGACGGGCAUGCGCGUGCUGAACGACGCGCUGGAGCGCCUCGCGGCCGCGCGCCCGCCCUCCGCCUGGCGCCCCGUCGCCGUCGCCGUCGCGCCUUCCAUGAUCACUAUUACUGAUGAAGGGGAGACAACCCCGAUAGUGGAGUGCCGCGUGCGCUACCUGUCGUUCCUGGGCAUCGGGCGCGACGUGCGGCGCUGCGCCUUCAUCGUGCACGCGGCGCGCGACGUGUUCCUCGCGCACGCCUUCCACGCCGAGCCCUCCUCCGGCGCCCUCUGCAAGACCAUCGAGGCCGCCUGCAAGCUGCGCUACCAGAAGUGCCUGGACGCGCACGGCGGGCCGGCGGGCGGCGGCGCGGGCGAGGCGGCGCGCGGCUCGCUGGGCGCGGCGCUCAAGUCGCUGGUGGGCUCGCUCACCGGCCGCCGCGCCUCCUGAACCCCUCCCGCCCAGCCGCACUCGCAAGAAAAUUCCCCGGGGCGGGAGGAGUGCGGCGAGGCGGUUGGAGGCGACAGUGCUGCCCCCGACGAGCAGUAGCAGCCAUUACAUGACGUCACACUCACCGCCGCUGUAUCGUUUUAACUGAGUAGUGCUCUCUCAGCAAUACUAGUGUGCCUACCGAUUGAAGGAAAAAGAUUGUUAGGAUUGACGUCAUUUUAUCUCGUAUAAAGAACAAUUUUUGGGCCGGACCCGUGAGUGGCAGAUAAAACGUGCGGAAUAGAGUAAGAAAGAGCGCGAAACGCCAUAUUGUCGCCAUAAUCGCUGUCGUAAUGCGGUACUAAGCGCCUAUUGUCAAAGAUAUGAAUAGGUUUUAACCAAAGUACUCCUUAAAACGAUACAAAUCACGCAAGUCGACUGAGAAACAUGACUAGAAAACUAGCCAUCAUAGUUUUGCUUACAUUACAUUGACAGACACCCAUGUCUUUAAAUGUCAAAUAAAACAUUUGACAAUCUGGACUUUGAAUUUGACAUUUCAUACAAUCUCGACUGCAUUGAACAUAUCUAUUCGUUUUUUUAUGCUAAUAGGCCGUCAUACUUAGUGGAAAUAUACUUAAAUAAAUUACGUGCAAUAUAGCAAUAACAGGACUUUUUAUUAAUUAAGAAAUGUAACCGACAAGUCAUUUUCCCUGUUGUUUUAAAACAUUGUUUUCAGAUUGAAUUUGUAAAUAGAACUGUUGGUAAAUUGCUUAUAAUACGUGCUUUAUAUAAACUCCACAACAGAAAUGAACAAGAAAUGGGAUCAUGCGCUCAUAUAGGCAGGAUAAUGUCUCCGGAUCGUUUACGAACGAUGCCUGCAAUAUGAGUUCAUUAACUACCACAAAUAAAUGACUUGAUACCAAAAUGUCAAAUACUAAAUUGAAUGGAGUUACUAUAAUAAUUUAAUUAAUGUUAGAGUAGCUACAUGUAAGUCGGUGUUAAAUUUUAAUGUCAGACAUCUUGAAAUUGCAAUUAGGCAAGCUAGCUUCCUCCAUUAAAACUUCGAUAUUCGCCAUAAGUUUGACUGUGUAAAAUUCCUAAUACUGUAUUACUAAAACAUUAAUUAAAUUAAAAAUAAAAUCGUUAAGCAUUAUAAUCCUAUCCCUUCCUUGCUUGUAAACUGUUGAAAUACAAACCUAUGUAUUACCUCGAGUUGUAAAAAGCCUGUUUUAAUUUGAUGUUAAACGUUAUGUAUUUGUAAAACUUUACGUGAUGUUUACAAAGUUAAUGCAUUUUCUAUAAGUUUGUACUACAAACUGCAUAGAAUAAUAUUGUGUGACUUUUAAACAUUAAAUAAAAUUAACUAGUUGUUAGGAUAACGUUUUAGAAUAGAUAAAUGCUGAUGUCCGAUAUCAAACCAUAUUUUUAGGGCUGAUGUUUGUAUUGAUAUAUCGAUGUGGUUUUCGACUUGAAAUGUCAAAUUAAACUUGACAAGUCGAGGUUAAUUUUACAUUUUAAAUUGACAUUACCGUUGGGAUUUACCAAAAUGUUGGUCUCUUGAAGGUUACCUUAUAAAUUACUAGUCCAUAGAAGUAGGUAUGUUAAGCUUUUGUAAAUUUAACGCUAUUUAUAUUCUGUGACACAAUAUCUCACAGAACACUAUUGAUGUUAAAAUAGAUUUUUGUGUAAAAUUAAUUGUAAGACUCGUAACGGUUUAGUUUGGGAUGUUGGAGGUUCUUUGUAAAUAAUUGUAAACUUAAUGCGAGUAAACAUAAGGUAGAUAAUUGAUAGUUUGGGACAGUUUUCGGUCAGGGCUGGCCGGCUGCAGCACGCGAUGGCUAGUCAUUCGUAAACUGGCGUUAGAUGUUAGCCAGUGUGUAUGGAAAGUAUUGGUGUUGAGCACGGUAUGUACCUAGACAGUAAGGCAUCAAUGGUUUCCAAAAACUUCGGUUCGUAGAGUUAUUAACGAAUAUAGGACCCUAUGAGUAUAAAUAAAGAGUUUAUUUUUGCUUAAGCUUUAAGGUAUUUAGAAUUUCGAUUGCUAAAGAUAAAUAUUUUUUGUAUGAUCACCUCAUUGAGUAUUUAUAAUAUUUAUAUUAUAAUGUAAGCUUUUUGGGCGUAAAUUAUAUCUUUAGUUCCGCAUUUUGAAGGCUCAAAUUUAAAGUCCACUAGUUGUGUCUUAAAGAUAUUAAUUUGACAAAGGACUCUGAUUGUAAAAUAGAAGUCUAACUGUCAAAGAUUUUAAGAACUAGACUUUAAAUAUUGAGCGAUGGUCUACACUACCAUCACAAUAUAAUUUAAAACCCAUCAAAUCGCUAACCUCAUUGUUACAAGGGUGUUCGGAACACAUUGAGCUUUCAAUAAUAUUAUAUAUUUAUACGUAAUAUUCAAACCGCUGAUAUUUAAAUUAGAUUAAAACAAAACCUAAAUUCGGCCAUUUUACAUGCAUAAAAUAUAAAAUAAAAUGGCUGACGAGUUGCCGUUGGCAGCUUAUGUAGAUUAGAAGUUUCAUAAGGAGAGUCGACAUGAAAAAGGGAAUUGGGACCCAUGAAAAAGAUUUUCGAAUUAAAUUUGACCUUACCGCAGUUGAAGUUUACUUAUGGUCAAAGUUGGAAGACUUCAGUAGGUACCUAUUUCAACUAUGGAAGGUGAAAUGAGUUCCAAAGUUACUCGAAAUGUAUUAUUAAUUAAAAGUGUUUGUGUGUCUGUAACACUUCGACAAAUAUAUAGAUAACUUAAUAGUUUAUAAAAGGGAGGGGAUGACCUUUGAAUAUCAGCUAGACAAGAUGACAUAAUGCUAAGGUUAGUAGGUUCACAGAUGAUUCAAAAUGUUUGAACUUGACACUGACUUUCAAAUAACUUUCAGAAAAUUAGCAUAUUCCAAGUUCAUUCUCUUUCAAUAGAGUUAAGGCAUUCGACUUAGAAUAUCACAAAAUAGCUUCAAAGUAUAUUUCAAAUAUUAGAAAAAAUCUGUGUCGCUUCACACUUAUAUAAAUAUAAUGAUACACUGAGCUGUUCUAUAAUACGUAAAGAUAGUGUUAUCACACUCUAAUGCUAAGUAAAAGUCAUUAUUUAUACAAAAAUAUAUGAAUAUUUUAGAGUUGGGUUCAUAUGGGAACAAUUGGACUGUUUACCUCGUGGUCAAUGCCCAGUCGUUCUUGUAUGAGUCCCACUUGGGCGCCAUAACGUGACAUUGCAAGCUUCAACGGCCUUUUAUCGGAUGAAGUAUGUCAAUAUUUUCUAUAAAAAAUAAACGUUUAUGUAGUUUAUUAGAUAGCUUGUGAAUUCCUGUUUUCUAGCUCACUGUUGAAUAUAAACGAUCGGGAAGAUGUUAUAUACAGUCAUCGCUUUGACAGCUUAAAAGCCUUCAAACUGUGGCUUUUAAUGAAUACUUUUGUGAAAUUAAUAAAAAAAUAUUCAUACACA